AUGGCGACGCCACGGCCUAGAGGUGGUAGCGACGAGCUGCUUUCGUCGCCAGACCCGCUCAACGACACCGUCUCCUCCGCCCUCUACCCUUCAUCGCGUCGCGUAACUCGAAGUCAGAGAUCACAACGUCUAUUCUCCCUCGGCGGCAGUAGUACUUCGCCUAGAAAGCAAAUGUUCGAGCUCGAGGUUGGCGACGACCGUCAGCCGAAACGGCUGCUAGUGACCGUUGAAGCCGAGGGCGAUUACGAGAAUGUCGGUGUUGGGAAUGUUGGGCGCAGAUUGUUCAACGCAGACACACCCACCCUCAGCCGCGGCGCAUACACAACCACAGUUCCUUUGGCCGGUGAUAGAAAGAACACGGCCGUCAAGACACCCGCGCGGAGGGGUCGACCUCCCAAAUCUACCGGAACGCCCAAGACCGGUACGGCGACGAAGCGGAGGGCCACAGCUUCUCCAAAAAAGACACCAAGACAAGCCCGCAGAGUCAAGACUAUUACCGAUUCAGAUGGCUUAGAAACCGAUAUCACCAUCCAAGGCACACCGAGAUCAACCACCCGCCCCAGACGGGCCACCAAUCGUCAACCACGCGAAGUCUCCCAAGACCCGGCGCCUUCUUCGAUACCCCCCAGCACAAAACGACGUCGUGGCCGCCCGAAACGCGUCGAGUUUUCCGAUCAACCUGUCGAAACAGUCGAGGACGAUAUCGACCUUGGCGGCGUGGCGCCUUCUGACGACGGUCUCGCAGCGAGCAUGGAAGACAUGAUUGUAGACGAUCCCACACCGAGACGAGAGCUCCCCGCGAACCAGAUGCCGGAAUCCGAACCAGAUAUCUGGAUGCAGACGAUGUCAGACCAAGCAACGCCCCGCGCAUCAACACAAGACAACCCAAUCGCCCUCAGCCCGACACCAGCUUAUAUGCAAGAUAAGAGCCCAACACCGUCUGAACAGCUUCACUCCGAAUCUGAGAACGAGCCCGCAUACAAUGAAUAUGAUUUCGCGCCGGGCGCGCCUAGUGACAUCUCAUCACUCAUUGGCGACAACGACGGAAAUGACGAACUUCGCGACCAAGAUACUGUUGCUCAAGGCGAGGAUUUCAGUAUGAUUUUCGCCAACUCAAUUCCCUCCAUGAGGGGCCACAUGAGCAUGCAUGACCUUCGCUCAGAAGAUGUUGGUGAAGAGACCGGCUUCAUCGUCAACCAGACCCUCGAGACUCUGAGGCGAAGCGGUGCCCUGCAUGUUGACGAUGAUGAGGAUGAGAUCGACAGUAUCCCCGCCAAGCAAUCCUCACCAGUACAAAGUCCCCCAGCUCAAGAGGAAGAAGUUCAGUCGCAACAGGAGAUGGAGGCGCAUGUGGAUCCCGUUGUGGCCACAGAGACUGAAGAAAUAGAAUCUCGGGUCGCCCUUCCGUCGCUGCCUCGUCCCGAUCUCCCACCUCCGUCUCUCGCAUCCAAGGAGACGUCACCGAGCAGAGGGUAUCAGUCGCCAGGCCGAGUUAGAAGCAGUCCUCGACGCAAGUCUAUCCCGCUUAGCAGACAGCUUAUGGAGUCCAAGGUCAAGCAGAUGGAUGCGGAGAACUCAAGGCUGGAGGAGUCGAGAAUGGACACCUCGCAGAUUGACAACUCAUUUUCCAGCGUGCCCUCGAGAGUCUUGGCUGCAGCAACACCUGGUGCUAAGAGCACCCGGCGGAGCUCGAUGGUGAAUGAGGAGAUGUCUGUCAUGUACGAAGACGACUUCUCUGAGAUCCCGGAAGUCUACCUGGAAGCUGCUACGCCUGGGAGACCGAAGCUGCCUGAAGUCAAUGACCUUGAGACGCAGCACGAAAUUGAUCUAGAGAUUGGGCGAGAGGCCGACGUACCAGAAGAAGAUCAAAGGGAGGAGGACGCCGAGGCUGAAGAAGCGGAAGAGGCAGAGGAAGAGGCUCGUAAGAGUUCACCCAAGUCCGCAGCCCCAUCUAUUGCGAGUGUUUCUUACACUCGAUCAGACUCAGCCAGAAUGCCGACACCAGACGAUACGCCCUCACCCGCCGAAGUUCCUGUCCCUCAGUCAGACGCCAAGACCAUCGAAGCAGCCCAAAGUUCGCCGACUGCUGCGUAUUCUCAGUUGCCCGAAGAAGCAAGCUCUGAUCUUCCGGUCCCGGACUUGACGGUUGGUCUUCCUGCGACCUCCAAUGAGUAUAUUACGCCCGUUGGUCCUGUCUCGUCCCCGAUCCCAUCGCCCGAUGUCAACCUCUUGGCGCCUCGUGCAGCAUCACCGGACAACGGAGCUCGCCCUACGCUGUCUCCUAUUGUGAGAGCUGGACGGGCUCUGCAGAGCGUCACGUCUGAUGCUUCAUCGCCUCCCCGCCAGAACUCUCUUGGUAGCCCCUUCAGGCCUACCACAAGCAGCAGUCAACCUCAGUCUGCCGCGAAAUCGACUCGCAGCUGGACUCAGCCAUUGUCCAACUUGAUCCAGGCGGGAGCUCAAUUCUUUGGUUCCCCGACUCGCGCCGUGGCACAACCUCAGCCUCAACCCCUCGCGCCGCAAUUAACAGGAGAGCCGUUUGAUGACCCAUUCGGCCCCGAGAAUGACCAUACUGGCCAGCCCAGCUUUAUGGAGGCCUUGAGUAAGAGCAUGCGGACUUCUCCCGAGAGAGAAGUACCCGAGGUCUCCUUCUCAAUGUCGGGAUCGCUUCAAGUGGCUCCAGGCGAUGAGGCCGAUGAGAUGAGCUGGAUGCAAGAGGCUCCUGCCCCACGCGAGCAGCCCUUCGCCCAGUCGCGCUCUUUCCAUUCUAGUACAAACACAGCUUCUAGAUCUAUGCAUAGUCGGCGACAGAGCUUCGAGAUUAGUCUCGUUAGUCCGGAUCGUGCCGAGGAUACUGAAGUUGAGGAAGAGCAGCCUGGAGCAGAAGAUGAGGAGGAGGAGGAUGAUAUUUGGGCAGUCGAAGCAUCGCGUCCGGCUUUGAACUCGGGCCGCCAGCAGCCUUUUACGAAGCAAUCAGCGCCGUCUGUUCCUCCGAGGCGCGCAGCUCUUCCUAGUCCCUGGCAGAAAUCCGCCGAACCUGCCCCCAAGCAGACGCUGUUCACACCAGCGGUGUCACGAAAUCGCAAGUCAGACUUUGCAGACGGCGAAGCAGAAGACUUCUCGAUGCUUUCUCAACAACAGAGCCGUCAGAAGCAGAUUCCUCAAAAGGCAUUUGAGGUUGCCCAGAGGUCGUCCGCCAAGAAGGAUCUGGCUGCCUUCUUCUCUUCUCCCAAUCUCCUACCUGGAGCAGAGGGCGUCAAGGAGGUCUUGGACAAGAAGCGACUGCAUCUUCAAGGUGCUGCCCAGCGCCCUGAGCUGGUUGAUGCCGGCCUCGAGACAAACUCCAUGUUCCCAUCUGUCCCGCAAAAGGCUUUUGCCCCCUCCGCCAGUGGCCGUUCGGAUUUGUUCUCGCCCGCCAAGCCUUCGGCGACCAAGUCUAUCGCUGACACGUACGACUACUCGGAUCCCGUGUCGGCUAUCAAACCGUCUGUCCUCGGGAAGUCGGUCAUGGACACCCGUCGCGAGUUGUUUGCGUCAACGAACCUCCGCAGUAGCACCAGACACCGGUCCGAGAUCCCAGACUCCCAACCCAACAUGUCGGACGAGGUAUCUUUCCCUUCUGUGCCCCAGAAGAAGAACUUUACGCCAAACGUGGGGCCCCAAAAGAAAACCCAGAACAACCUCUUCAGCAAGGCCCCCUCAGCGGCGCCAGUGCCCUCGUUGACGCCGGUGCGAAUGCAGCUCACGCGCGCCGACAUCCAAAAGUGGCAGGAGAGUAGUGCCUCCGCCAUUGCGGAAAGCUCGCCCACCGCCGCCGAGUCCAAGUCGGUAUCGGAGUCCGAGUCGGAGCAGCGCGCCCGCGUCCUCCGGCCGUUGCCCGACAGGAACAUGUCGCCGACAAAGUCCUGCCUGCGGUCCCCGUUGAAGCCCCGCACGCCGGGCCGGGUCGUCGAGUUCACGAGCAGCGUGCUCUCGCCGCUCGCGCAGGCCCAGGUCCGCGCUGAGCGGCGGUUGUCUGCUAGUUCUAGCAGUAGCGCCGCUGCUGCGCAACAGCAGCAGCAGCAGCGCAUCGCUGCCAUUAUGGAGGAGGAAGACAGGGAGAAUGGUGACGUUGCUAGUGCUGAAGUCACCGUCGUUGAGGGAGACGAGGACAUGAACGAGGACAUGGACAUCUCCAUGACCGACGCGCCACAGAUGAUGAACGAUGGCCAGCAAAAACCAGCAGCAGCGCUCGUCCAACAGCAACAAGAACCCGAGCCCCAGCGUCUGUCGCAGACAAUGUGGUCGCGCGACCACUGGCUGCUCCUAGACGACAUCAUCCAGCUGCGCCGCGAGGGCCCCUUUGACUUUGAGUUCCCCGACGACUUUACCAGCAAGUCGGCCUGGUUACUCGGCCGGUCCGUCAAUUCGCACGGCGCCAGCUUGAAGCUGGAGCAGUGGCAUCUUGACGUCGUGGACGCCUUCCAGGCCGAGGUGGGCGUGUGGAGCGAGGAGGCGCUCGCCAAGAGGGUGUUUUCGCUCAUUGUUGGGGAGGAGCUUAGGAGGCAGGGGAAGGCUCCCAAGGCUCCUUCGGUCCGGUUUUCGUGA